UCCAACAAGCUAAUUAAUAAGCUAAAGUUAUAUACUAAAAUUAAAGCAACCAUGAAUCCGGCGAUGGCUCCGGUGAUCUUCAUAACGGCGGUGCUCGCCGCACUGCAGCUUGGCCAAGCCCUCAACUGCCACCAGGUGGACUUAUACAUUGACUCUUGCCUCGGCUACCUCCAAGGGGGCAGCGCUCAUCCUCCAAUGCCGUGCUGUGACUCCUUCAGAGACCUACUCAGGCAAACUCCGGCGCAGCAAGACAGGCAGGCCGCCUGCGAAUGUCUCAAGGCCACCGCCGCUAGACCCGACAUCAAGGCCGACGUUGCCGCCGUUCUUCCCAGGAGCUGUGGUCUUAUCAGCAGUUUUACCAUCAGCCGCGACAUCAACUGUCAAAACGUGCUUUGAAGUUGAUGACUAUAGCGGACUAUAUACUCCGAUCCAAUCGAGGGGAAGCUUUGGAUAGCAAAUAAUAUGUUUUGUGUUAAGUUUACAAUAAAGAUGAUUGAAGUGUCACUUUUGUUACAUAAUGUAUACAAGCUUAUAUGAUGUUUCAGUUCUAUGAAUAAAAUUAUACGAACUAUUUUAUUA